AUAAAACCACAUAAAAAAAAUUAAAAAAAUGAAUUUUGUAAUAAAGUUUUUGGUGGUCUUUCUUGCAAUUUAUCAAGUAAAUUGUAUGUAUUUUUGUUUGUAUUUAUGUCCAAACACUUGUUCUUCUUUAACUUGUGAAGAAAAUCAAAUCCAGAUAAAAGGGGUGUGCAGUUGCUGUCCAACAUGUGCAACUUUAUUGAAUGAAGGUGACAGUUGCCCGACAAUUUCUUCAAAUAAAAGGGAAGUUCCUGAAGCCGUUUGUACCUCACCCUUGCAAUGUGUUAACAAUAAAUGUGCUAAGUGAUUAAAUUUAUUUAUAUAAUCAAAAUAUAAAAUAUCCCAUUUAAUAAUUUAAAAUAGACAAUAAAUUUUAAUCUAGCUAGUAUAUAUAGUAUGUGUAGUGACAUCUACAUUAUAACUUUUGCAUUAAACAUAACAAUAAAGAAAUAUAGAAAUCA